CUCUAAUCAUCACAGCUACCUUCUGUCAACACACUCUGCUUCACAGCAAACCUCUCUGGCUGCACCUCGCACAGCUCCUGCCUGUCAUCUUCACCACAACGAAGGCUUUCUUUUUUCUCGCGCUUGUGUCAUCUUGACCAAAGAGGAUCUCAACAAUGUCCAGCAUCAUGAAAGUGUUUCUGCUCCUGGCUGUCAUGUUCUGCAUCUCCCAAGCCCAACACAACGAAACAGGACAGCAGUGUCUGUGUCGGCGUGUCAGGAACGCUGUCGGCUCAAAGGAUGAAAUAAAGGACAUCCAGAUCUACCCGGCAACCAUCUUCUGUGACAAAGUGGAGAUUGUUGUCACCAACAACAACGGCUAUCGCUAUUGCCUGAACCCCAGGAUGAAAGCAAUGAAAAAUGUCCUGGUCAACAUCAUCGGCAGACAGAGAACCUCCACACCCAGACCCGCUGACUUCAGCUCCACCCCAGGCAGCUCCAGCACAGCCCGCAUCUGACUCUCUCUUUAGUGCCUGGAUCAACAAAGAGCUCGUAUGACCUCUGACCCCCAACAAAAGCACCUUCAACGAAUGUAAAUGUGAAACGAAUGAAACUUUUUUGUCUAUUUAUCACCUAUUUAUACUGAUGUGCACUUAGUAUAUCUUUUCUUUCCUUCGACUUGUUUUUAUAAAGAGGCUUAUGUGUGUAUGUAAACCAAGUUUUUAUGCAUUUUUGUUUUUUAUAAUAAAAAAAAUCAAGGAAA